GGUUCUGCCUUCUUUCCGUGCCUAUUAAUACCGCUUUUCUGUCAUCCGAUUCCAAAUUUCGCUGCUCCCUGCUAGAUUUCCUGGUUCAUCCCACCAGGCCUUUAAACAUCUCACAUGGCUUGUAAGGCGGAACCCCUUUUCAGCAGUCAGCAUUGCACCACCUCAGCUGCCACGGCAGCGUCUUGGCACCAUGGAUCUAUCAAAUAAAUACUCUUGGCAUUCUUGCGGCUGAGCCUGAUAGCGUCCAACCACAGGACCUGCGCGCCUCAGCCCCCGUCACAUUUUCCCCGGUCCCCUGAAGUUUGCUGUCAGGCUGCAAUCUUGGGCGUCCUCAAAUGGCGCAGAGCCCCAUCCUCUGCCGCCAUGGCCAUGGCCGAAGCCUUGGCCCUUCGUACUUAAAGACCCUGAACCCGCACCCCAACGUCUUGGCCGCAACCUAGUUUCAGACCAAGCAUUCACUAUGUCGAUCCUCGCGUUAAUCCACCUUGGCCUUGCUCUGGGCAGCUCGGCGUCCAUCAUCCCACGAGCCGAAAACGAGCCGAGAUUUCUCUCCUAUCCCAUCGUCCACCGGAAACGUGAUGCGAGACUCGCUGGAAGGGAUACGGAGGUGACUCUCCACAACCAGUCCGUGACGACCUACCUCUUUGAACUUGACAUCGGAACCCCGCCUCAGCGCGUAGAAGUCGUCCUCGACACGGGCUCCUUCGAAUUAUGGGUCGACCCCAAGUGCUCCGGGGCAAGCACUGCGGACCAGACAGCCAGCUGCAAGAAGGCCGGCGCCUACGACCCGAACAGCUCCUCCACGGUCGUCGACAUGGAGGCGGAGAACCAGCUUCCCUACGGCAAGGGCAUUGUCAACGUCGCCUACGUGGCCGACAGCAUCAAGCUCCCCGGCAGCGGCUCCACCCAGACCCUCAAGGAGGUGAUAUUCGGCGUCGGCCUCGACAGCGAGGACCUUGCGUACGGCAUUGCGGGCGUGGGCCACGGCAAGGACUACAACCUCGUCUAUAGCAACCUCAUCGAUGAGCUCUACUUGCAGGGCGUUACGAACUCGAGGGCCUUCAGCGUCGCUCUCGGGAGCAAGGAUGCAAGCGACGGCGGGAGCGUCAUCUUCGGCGGCGUGGACACCAAGAAAUUCACAGGGAACCUCGUCGCGUUCCAGAACCUGCCGCCCCAGAUAGAGCAGGGGCAGACAGGCCUAUACCGGUAUUGGAUCCAGCUCAACUCCGUCGGCAUCACCAAGCCAGGCAGCAAGUCCACGACCUACGCCAACUCAGCACUACCCAUCGUCCUCGACACGGGCGCGACCAUGAGCUACCUGCCCCAGUCUGUGAUCAACCAAUUCGUGACGGACUUCAAGGCCGACGUGCUCGACGACGGCUCCAUGCAGGUGCCCUGCGAGACGGCGUCGCAGGCCGGCACCGUCGACUUCACCUUUGGCAGCCUGACCAUCCGCGUGCCGUUCCACGAGUUCAUCUGGGAGGUGGUGCCGGGCGGGUGCGUCAUCGCCGCGGCCCCGGCCGGCCAGACGACCGCCAUCCUGGGCGACAGCUUCCUGCGGUCCGCCUACGUCGUCUUCGACCAGUCCAACGACGAGAUCCUGCUCGCGCAGUACAAGAACUGCGGCACCAACGAGCACGAGCUGCCCGCCGGCGUGGGCGCGGCCGCGAACUUCACCGGCGAGUGCAAGGGGGGCUCGUCCGUUAAGGGUGGCGCGACGGCUGCGCGGUCCAGUGUCUGGGCUGUGGCUGCGGUUGCGCUUGGUCUGCAGGCUUUGUUUGUCCUUGUUCUGUAGUUGCUGAGGCUGGUGUUCUUUUCAAUCAUAUUCCGGGAGUUGGGGGGGGUACACGAGCAUUUUGUUCAGGGUGUUAUGAUGCUCGAUAGAAGUAGAAGAUAUAUUAAAUCAUGUAGAGUUUUGUGUGAGGCCUUCCCCCCUUACACAGGCCCGUCCCUCCGGAGCCAACUGCCGUGGGCCCAGAAGGUUUAACUCAACAACGCCCAGAGAAGUUUAUUCCAAUAACCCAAACUCGAAAUCUUGCC